AGGAUGACACAGCCCACCACUGUGCUGAGCAUUUUCGCCAUGUUCCUCCACACGACUUUUGGGGAAAGUGGUUGCACCUCAGCAGACGGUGAUGGGACUCUCGUGGAUGAUGAACCAGACAAUUUUGACAUUGAUUGCUUCAGCCAGCUGGAAAUUAAGGACUCCUUCAGCAGCCUGACCUGCAAUUUCACCGAGCUGUCUCCUUACAACACUAGCUACACCCUGUCUCUGUGUACCAAGGAAGACAACAAUUAUGCCUGCUCCAACAUGAAGAAACAGGAAGAUGUAUUCUUCUUACAGUUCAUUGAUAUACUCUCAAACAGAGAUGUUUGCAUGUACUCUGAGACGAAGAGAAGGGUCUGCAGGAGCCUGGUUGUAACUGACAUUGUUAAGCCUGAAGUACCAUUUGCUAUAAACAUCACCUAUGAAAGGGAGGCAAAUGAAUAUCUCAUUCGUUACUGCACACCACACUCAAGGAAGAAAUACUUAAAGGACAAAUUAGUGCACCAAGUAGCCUAUCGGCAGAAAGAACAUACUUGGAAGACAAUAGAGUCACCAUACCUUCAGAUAAAAUUGCUGGGGAAAAACCUUGAAAAUGAAGCAUCGUAUGAGGUGAAAGUACGUUCUCAGCCCAAUGGAGAUUAUUUUAAGGGCACAUGGAGUGAAUGGAGCACUUCCAAGAGCUUCAAAACAGCAAGAGAGCAGCACUCCACAGAAAGCUACAGCAGUGUGGUCAUGGUUAUACUCUCCAUCCUGGGAUUCAUGCUGUCCGUUGUUAUGAUUGCACUGAUCGUAGUUUUUUGGGAAAACAGGAUCAAGCCUGCUGUAUGGCCAAACCUUCCUGACCAUAAAAAAACGCUGGAGCAACUAUGCAAGAAGCCCAAAAAUAAUUUUGAUAUAAGCUUUAACCCAGAGAGUUUUGGUUAUGUUCAUAUCCAUAAAGUGGAUGGCCUUUGGGCAAAAGCUGAACUGGAAAAUUUUCUGCAGCCAUCAACUGCUCCAGAGACAAGCCUUCCAGAAAAAUUCAGGAGUGGAUCAGACCUGAAGAUGAUCCCUGCGACGGCAGACAAAACCAGCCUAAACCUGCCGGUGUCUUACGAAGGAGUCUGGUCAGCUGAAGCCCUGCACAGGCUCCUGGGCCCCAGCCAGUUUGCAGUCACCGAGGGCAGCUGCAGCUCCAGCACCUAUGAGGUUUGCCAUGGCAACAGGGUGCCCAUGCACCACGAUGGUUUCACCCUUUCCUCCACUCGUCCCCUGGAUCCUUCGGGGCAGCCCCAUCCAGAGCCCCUGAACAACAACACCCGGUCCCAGAUGCUGCCUCACAGUGACGUGAGAUCACCAAACAAUGAGGAAGCCUACGUCACCAUGUCCAACUUCUACAAAAUCCAGUAA